UUUUUGCAUAUAAAAGAUCUUGGUGCGAGCCUGACUUGUACUUUCUUUCACGAUAUAAUAACUACCAAUUUUUAAAGCUAUUCCGUCAUCUUUCAAACAUCACCAACCCGACUUACUUCAGCCAUGGCGACGUCAGAACAGAUCGAUUUGGCUAUUGCCACCUACGAGGAGUUGAUGGAUUUGGACAAGGACUUUGAGGAUGUUGAGACGGAAAUAAUUCGCCAACAGGUUGCUCUUACCAAGCCUCUGUAUGAGAAGAGAGAAGCGCUAGUUCAGAAGAUCCCCAACUUUUGGGCGCUGGUUUUUGAGCAGGCACCGCCUGAUCUAGACCAAUACAUCCAGCCCAGCGACUCCGCCGUGCUCUUGUCUGCGCUGACCUCGGUCUCGGUCUCUCACUUCGAGAUCGAAAAUGGCGGCAACGGAGAUCCCCGCAGCGUUUCCAUCAAGAUGGAGUUUGGUGAGAACGAAUGGUUCGAAGACAAGGUCCUCGAGAAGAAGUUCUACUACCGUGUCGGUAAGGAGGGUGACGAGGGCCUCGUCAGCGAACCGGUCCCCAUCAAGUGGAAGUCAUCGGACAAGGAUCUCACCCAGGGAAUGCUUGACCUAGUCGUAAAGGUCUGGGAGAAUGACAAGAAGAACCCCGUUACCGACAGCACCAAGUUAAAGAAGGAGAAGGACUACACUCCCGACGAGAAGGCUUUGAAGGAGAAGAUCGAAGCUACCGGCCUAGGCGCGGUUUCUUUCUUCGGCUUUUUCGGAUACCGGGGUCUAAACAUCUCUGCUGAAGAGAGCCGCCUCGCUAUUGAGGAAGAGAAGAAGAGGAAGGCCGAAAGGGCCGCAGGACAGGCCCCCGAACUCAAGGCGGCCGAGGAGGAAGAAGACGAAGAUGAGGAGGACGAGGAGGAGGACCCCUUGUCCCUCGAAAUCUUCCCGGAUGGCGAAGAAGUGGCGCUUGCCAUCAGCGACGACCUUUGGGUCAACGCCAUCAAGUACUUUAGCCAAGCCCAGGAAGCUGAUAUUAGCGAGGUCGACUUCGAGGAUGAUGAGGAUGAGGAGAUGGCAGAUGAUAACGAGUAGGAACCCAAAGCUAACGCGCGGAAGUGAAUAAAAUAAAAUCAGGGGCCAGGAUUCUCACGGCGAGCGGCGAGCGGUGAGCGGGUUAUGAUGGACGGCGAGUUGCCGUUAAGUGCGCUCGGGAUUUCGAUACCAAAACAUUUCUCUUUAGACUAUCAAUAGAUAUCAAGACCUGAUAGACCGCCGGAUGU